UCAACUCAAAUCUUUCACCAACUCCGCGUUGUUCAGUAGGACGAGUCCAUCGUCGUAGGGCGCACCGUCGCGAUCCAACGCAAGGCGAGGCGAUCUCGUCUUUGACGACUCCCUCUCUCCUCCUCUUCUUUCUCUCCUUUCGAUUCCUUUCUUGCUUCGCUUCUCGAUUCUCUGGAAAGCUGUGAGUUUUUUUUGUUCUUUCACGCCUUUUUCUUUUCGAUUUGUGUGAUUUAGUCUUGUGUUUGUGUUAAAAAUCUCUUCUUGAUGGUCUUAAUUUGUCGUUGUGUUUCCGAUGUAGUCGCUGAUUUGGAUAUAUAUAUUUUUUUCCCUGUUUGGGAGCUAAUGGCGGACGAGGUUAGGGCGAGGAAGGCGUUGCCUCCGGGAAGCAGGACUUUUGGUGCGGGCGGGUGGCGGCGCACGGCGACGAGGACGUGGAUCCUGCGGUUGGGGUCCAGUAUCCUCAUAUGGACGGCGCUGAUGCAGCUGACUUCGGUGUGGCAUCCGCGUCCCCCCAAAUCGUCGCCUGCCGCUUGCUUCGACGGCCGCGGUGCCGCAACUGCUGGCAACGGCGGCAGAGAUCUCAAUGGUUCCACGAAUCUUUCCGUGCUUGAUGGCGAAGAACACGCGCUGUUCGGGUCCCGCUCCUCCCCGCCCGCUCUUCUUCCUCGGAGACUUUACAAAAGCAAUGGUUAUCUUAAGGUGUCAUGCAAUGGAGGCCUGAAUCAGAUGCGUGCUGCGAUAUGUGAUAUGGUUACUAUAGCACGCUAUCUCAAUCUAACGCUUGUAGUUCCUGAACUUGAUAAAAUAUCUUUCUGGGCUGAUCCUAGUGAUUUUGGUGAUAUAUUCAAUGUAGAUCACUUUAUUAAUUCUUUGAGAGAUGAAGUGAAGAUAGUAAGAGCGCUCCCUAAAAAGUUUAGCAAAAAGAUCCACACUGAACCAUUCUCAAUGCCUCCUGUUAGCUGGUCUAGUUUGAAAUACUACUCGAAGGAGAUUCUCCCGCUUGUGAGGAAGCACAAGGUAGUUCAUUUUAACAGAACAGAUGCUCGUCUUGCAAAUAAUGGAUUGCCGUUACACCUCCAAAAACUCCGUUGUCGUGUUAAUUACAAGGCCUUAAGAUUUACGCCUGCAAUUGAAGCCCUAGGCAAUAAACUUGUCUCAACUCUCCAGAGAAGUGGAUUCUUCGUUGUUCUUCACCUGCGAUAUGAGAUGGAUAUGCUCUCUUUCUCUGGUUGCACACAUGGAUGCUCUGCAAAAGAGACUGAAGAUCUCACUAGGAUGAGAUAUGCCUAUCCAUGGUGGAAAGAGAAAGAAAUAAUAUCAGAAAAGAAAAGAUCAGAAGGUUUGUGCCCUCUUACACCUGAAGAAACAGCUGUAGUUUUACGAGCACUAGGUUUCACAAGGGACACCCUAAUUUACAUUGCCUCUGGUGAAAUCUAUGGUGGGGAAAGAAGGAUGGCUUCUUUGAGGGCUGCAUAUCCGAGAAUAGUGAGGAAAGAAAUGCUUCUUAGUGCUGAGGAAUUGAACCCUUUCCAAAACCACUCAACUCAAAUGGCAGCAUUGGACUAUCAGGUUUCUGUUGCAAGUGAUGUCUUUGUCCCUACCUAUGAUGGAAAUAUGGCCAAAGUAGUAGAGGGGCACCGCAGGUAUAAUGGUUUUCGUAAGACAAUCGUGUUGGAUAGGAGAGAACUUGUAAAACUUUUGGAUCUUCUCCAGGAUGGGAAUGUAUCCUGGGAUCAGUUCUCGACUGCUGUUAUGGAAUUGCACAAGGGCCGCAUGGGCCAACCAACAUUAAGGAUGGUCCUGCAUGGUCGACCAAAAGAAGAGGACUAUUUCUAUUCUAAUCCUCACGAGUGUACUGGCUCUUCAAGGAUCAGACAUACUGAGUCGAGAGAAUUUGACAUCUAAAUCUACUGCUAUUGUGGCUGCUUCCGCUGAUGAAAUUCAGGGUGAUGUGCAGCUCGCUGUAUAGCUCUAAUUCUAAAGUAUGGACAACUCUUGCUCUUUUUAGGCAAGCCUGAAGUCCAGAUGCUUGCAAAUGAUACUCUGGAAGAGAGUCAGUAGACUGCUGUGCCAUUGAGUUGGUCAUCAGAGAUCAGGAUUUGGGAGUGAAGCUUGUCAAGAUUUGCGCCGAUAUAGAUUUCUGAUUACCCCCUUUACCAUUCUUUCAUUUCUUACAGGCAUUUCCCCUCACCCUGCCCCUGCCUCCAGAUUUGUACUGUGUUGUUAGUUACAGAUUGAUAGACUACAAGUGCGCCGACUAAGAAUUUAGCAUGUAUCAGGUUUCUUUGUCACAGAGAUUGACAUGUUUUCAAAAGACAACAGUCCAAUGCAAGAUAGAACUACAAUGUAUCUGGAACUGCACGCACAUUAUCCUUCUUUUUUUUUAGCAGCUUGCAGAAUAUCUACAAGUUUGGCUGCCAACAUCGAAUUAAAGGGUACACGCUAAACACAUGUUUUGUAUUGAGUAAUUAGUACCAAUUUCUCACUAUACAAUGAAUGAAGAAAAAGAUGAGUUUGCA